AUGGGAGCAUUUGGCCAACUUGGCGACGAUGAAUCAGUUCCUGGAGUGACAACAAUUGCGGUGCGGUCGAAAUCUUCUCAGCAAGGAACCGAGCUAAUCAGAGAUGUUCUUGGUGUCCAGAAAUGCCUGUCACAUCGUCAUCCGAUUUCCUUGUUGCACAAUAACUAUGUGCUCACAGUGACCAUACUCGAGCUCAAGAAAGUGGCCGAUAGAGCACGUGAUCAGGGCCUAACGGUCUCUGAUAUUCAUAUCCGCGGCAAAGUACACAACCCAGAGAACGCAUCUUUAGUUAAUGUGUUAUUCGAUAUAUGCCAGAAACAUGAAGAGAUGAGCCUGCCUGACGCCAGAGAAUUACGAGUCCCUGUGCGAUCGAAUUUGAAUGGCAAAUCGGUACAAGGCUGUUCACUAACCUACGAGGCGAUAAACGCCACUCUUGCCUCCCGCUGCGAGUGGUGCCAAUUAUUGAAGGAGGUAUCAAGAGAUCUAGCAGGAACCCAUAAUAAAUCUCACACGUUCGUAUUGUUUGGCUUUGGGGAUGUUGUUUCCCUGAUGCCAUUCCACAAUGCGCGCUUACAGGUAACGAAGCUGGACGCUUACACCACUAUUCAGAACGCCGCACUAGAUAAGUACGAAUACGCCAUCGCCAUCACUGGAGCUGCAUGUCGACUACCAAAGGCAAAUGAUCUUGAGGAGUUAUGGAACCUCCUUUCUGCCGGGAUAUCGACUUGCGAAGAAAUUCGCCUCGACAGAGUGUCCAUGCACGAAAGUUUUCGCGCAAUGCAGAAUGAAAAAUGGAAGCCAAAAUGGUUCGGUAACUUCAUUGAUGGAGCAGACGAAUUCGACUGGAACUUUUUCCGCUCAAAUGUCAAAGCAGCGGCCAACAUGGACCCACAACAACGAAUCCUGUUAGAGCUGACAUACGAAGCUCUUGAUUCCGCGGGCUAUCUCCGCAGACAUCGUCGCGAAAAUGGCGAUAAAGUUGGUUGCUUCAUUGGAGCAAGUUACGUUGAGUACGCUGAUAAUACAAACGCCUAUCCACCCACUGCAUAUUCAGCAGUUGGUACGAUUCGGGCAUUCCUGUGUGGUAAACUAAGCCAUUGCUAUGGUUGGACCGGACCAGCUGAAGUUAUCGACACUGCAUGCUCGUCCUCUCUUGUCGCCAUCAAUAGAGCUUGCCGUUCCAUCCAGUCUGGUGAAUGUCCAAUGGCCAUUGCUGGCGGAGUGAACAUCAUAUCUAGUGUCCACAAUUACUUGAAUCUUGGGAAAGCUGGUUUCCUCAGCCCGACUGGUCAAUGUAAGCCGUUUGACGAGUCGGCUGAUGGAUACUGCCGAGGUGAGGGAGCUGGACUUGUAGUGCUGAAGCCCCUUAAACAGGCUUUGGCAGAUGGUGACCAGGUGUUGGCUGUCAUAUCAGGAUCAUCCACGAACCAAGGAGGGCUGUCCGAGAACCUGACACUGACGCAUCCACCAGCCCAAGUGGACUUGUACAAGUCAGUUCUCAAGGGCGCCAAAAUGAGCCCACGCCAUGUUUCAUACAUCGAAGCACAUGGUACUGGCACAUCUCAAGGUGAUCCAUUAGAGGUCAGCAGCAUCAGAGAGGUGUUUGGCGCAUCGGAUCGGCCAAACAAGGUGUAUCUUGGUUCCAUCAAAGGCAACACCGGCCACGCAGAAUCAGCAGCAGGCGUUGCUGGGCUUAUCAAAAUCAUUGCCAUGUUGCAGAAGAAGUCGAUUCCGCCUCAUGCUUCGUUCAAUACAUUGAACCCGAAGAUACCCUCUUUGGGCCCAGACAAGAUCACUAUAGCACGGAAUCUAGAGCCAUGGAACAUUCCUUUCAGAGCAGCCUUGGUCAACAACUAUGGAGCUGCUGGAAGUAAUGCAGCAGUAGUUGUUUGCGAAGCACCUCGGAAGGAUGUUAGCAAAGCCACCGUAUACCCCAUCAUCCUCUCUGCCUUCACACAAGAGAGCCUGUUGGCUUACGUAAAAUCGUUGAAGUCUCACAUCAGCCGAACGAAUGUCAACCUAGCAAGUCUUGCUUUUACUCUUUCCGAACGGCGAAAGCGACAGCCUAUGGCAUGGAUGACAACCGCCUCUAACAUUGACGACCUACUCAGUCAGCUUUCCACAGACAUCCCGCCUUGCGAGAUACCUCGGGCAUGCAAAAAAGUGGUUCUUGCAUUUUCCGGUCAAAGCAAACAGGUCAUUGGUUUAUCAGAAACUCUAUAUGAGUCCAUUCCCAGGCUACAAUACUAUAUCAAUAAGUGCGAUGGUAUCCUGAAAGAGCUUGGAUAUUCAUCAAUUAUUCCAGCUUUGUUCCAGAAUACGGCUAUUGCCGAUCCUGUUUUGCUGCAGACGGGUACCAUGGCCGUUCAGUACGCGAGUGCCAAGUGCUGGAUUGAUGCAGGCGUUGAACCCGCUUGCACUAUCGGGCACAGUUUUGGAGAGUUGACAGCGUUGGCUGUGUCGGGUGUGCUGUCUCUUGAGGAUGCUAUCAGGCUUGUUGCCGUUCGAGCCCAGCUUAUGGUAACCAAGUGGGGUCCAGAUAAAGGUACCAUGCUUGCUAUCUUCGCGCCAGUCUCUGUUGUUGAAAACAUCAUUGAAGUCGUUGGUAACGGAACUCUCGAGAUUGCUUGCUUCAAUGCUUCAAACAGUCAGGUUGUCGUCGGAAAAGAGAUGGCAGUGGCUGAUGUGGAAAACGUUUUGGCAACUAACCCCUCGUUCAAGGGAGUUAGGAGCCAAAGGGUCGAUGUCACCCACGGAUUUCAUUCUGCUUUCACUGAGCCCCUCCGCACAGAACUUUCUGAGUCCUUGCGAUCAUUGUCUUUCAGAAAAGCAUCCAUUCCCAUUGAGACCUGCACACAACAGCAGACUGAUUCAAUUACUGAUGAGCACGUUCUGUCACACCUCCGGAAACCAGUCUACUUCGUUGACGCAGUCAGACGAAUCGAAGAGCGUUUUGGGGAUUGCAUCUGGAUAGAGGCAGGAUUUGAUUCACCUAUCGUCUCAAUGAUCAAGCGUGCUGCUGCAGAUUCGGAUAGGCACUCAUUCCAUGCCAUUAAGACAACUGGUAUUGAGCGAGCCACUGAGUCACUUUCCCAAAUCACUAUUGGUCUUUGGAAAGAAGGGCAUGACAUUACUCCUUGGCCUUUCCUAUCUCCGGCUGAUGUUGGCGUGGAACCCAUCUGGCUGCCGCCUUAUCAGUUUCAGAAGACCAAAGCUUGGCUGGACAACAUCGAUAGGGCCACUGAAAUCCAGCGAGAACUGGAAAAUCUCAAAAUCCAAAAAGUGAAUGUCCCCCCAGCAAAUGUUCCUCUAUAUCUACUACGCCAUGUUGGUUCUACUGGGAGUACAGAGAAAUUUGCCGUCAACAGUUCGGCAACCCGUUUCCGUAAGCUAAUCAGCGGUCAUUCGGUCAGAGGUCGGCCACUGUUCCCAGCUUCUCUGUAUAUGGAAUGCGCGGCAAUGGCAAUCCAUCUUCUCGGCUCAGAGCUUGGGUCUAGGUCAAUGGUGUUCGAGGAUCUAUCCUUCAAAUCACCACUAGGUUUCAAUAUGGACCACGAAAUAGAACUGAGUCUAGAGAAAACAGAUAGAGACAGCUGGAGUUUCGUCCUUUCCAGCUCUCUUGGUUCUGUAAAUAACUCAGAUCGUGCAACCGUUCAUGGAAUAGGCAAACUACACUUGGCUAAACAGCCUAGGUUUUCCACAUACAAACUCCUGCUUGCGGAACGUAUCAAAUCAAUUCGAUCAAAUCCCACUUCCGAGAAGAUAAUGUGUGGAAGAGCUUAUCAGCUUUUUUCAAAGGUUGUUCAUUACGCUGAAUCCUCACAAGGAAUUGAAAGCAUCACCAUCAACAAGAAUGAGGCGCUAGCUACAAUCCGCAUACCAGAAAGUCAUAUCGGAAGCGAAGAAAGCGCGGUAAAGAAGCACUGCGACACUGUUUCUAUCGACAUGUUCCUCCAGGUCUCUGGCCUGCUCAUCAAUAGUAGCUCAGUCUGCUCUAGAGAUCAGGUGUUCAUAACUUCGGGACUCGAAAGCGUUACCAUGUCUAAAUUGUGCGACUUCGACUCCGUCAAAGAAUGGAAUGUCUAUGCCAUUUUCUCUCUUGUCAAUGGCAAACAUGCGACAGGCGACGUCUUUGUCCUUACCAAAGACAAUGAGAUUGCCAUGACCGCGAUCGGGGCCAAGUUCCACCGAAUAGAGAUAGCGAGAGUGGAACAGAUACUCGAUGUAGCAAAUGGGUCGAACAUCGAUUCAAAACCGAGUCGAGCCUCGUCUCCAGCUAGUUACACGGCCAUCACAAGCAAGAAUCUUCCGGAGCUAACAUCCGAUGGCUCUUCAGACACUUCAGAUUAUUCCACCACCUCUUCCUUGGCUGGAGAUAGAUCUGAAGAUUUCGAAACUCGAUUGAGGACGAUAAUUUCUACCUACAUUGGCGCACCUGCAGACUUUAUUCCCCAGACCACUUGUAUUGGUGACCUCGGGAUUGAUUCACUUGCGACAAUAGAGCUCUCUGAUGAACUCAAAGAACAAUUUGGCAAAUCAGUUUCCCAUCAUGAGCUCCAGACAUUGAAUCUUAGUGCAUUAUGCCAGAUAGUAUCUGCUGAUUCCAUGAGAGUUACUAGGAAACUCCCCGUUACAUCGAGAAAACAAGUCGCACAGACGCCUCCAGUUGUAUCCGAGAUACGUGUGUCAAGACCCAAAUCGAAUCUGAUUGCUAGUGUAACACACAAACUAGUCGAUGAAGAGUCUGAAACCAAUAUACGACAAGCCAAACUAUUCAAACUCAUUUCCGAGUUUUGUGGUGUGGAUGUGAGUCACAUACAAGAGGACCAGUCUCUCGCAGACCUCGGAUUCGAUUCCCUUUCUACGAUAGAACUGGGAUCGAGUUUAUCCGAUGAGUUGGACAUCAAUCUUGACAGCACCGACGUGCUCCUUGAUUAUUCCGUCAAAGUCCUUAUGAAGUUGGCUGGUAUCUCUUCAAGAAAACAAAGUUCUGGGCUCUCAAACCCACCAGUUUCUACUGUGAGAGGUGUGCCAACAAGCAGUCGUGGGAAGGCUGCAGGUAUCACCGAUCCGUUCAAGUCUCUCAUCGCAGCUGAAUCUUCCCUUCUAAUAUACGCGAAAGAUUGCCAGUAUACAGGGUAUUUGAAUGAAGUCGCGGCUCGUCAAGAUGAACUUCUCCUUGCAUACAUGAUGGAAGCGCUACAAAAAUUGGGCAUUGAUUUCAGAACUCUUAGCAUCGGCCAAAAGAUUCCCAGCUUCUCGUAUCGGCCUAAACACUCCAAGGUAGUGCAGAGGUAUUAUGAGAUUCUUCAGAAGCACAAAGUCAUCGAUAAGAAAGGCUCAGACUACGCUCGAUCAUCCGCGUCGUGCAACUUUGCACCUUCCUCUCAGCUCUUGCGUAAAUUCAUAGCCGACUUCCCUCAAUACAGCUGUGAGGCAGAACUCAUGUCUCUCACCGGAUCGAAGCUAGCAGAGUGCUUAACGGGUACCGAAGAUCCGAUCAAACUCCUCUUCGGCAACCCAAAGGCACAAGAAAUCAUUGGCAACUUCUAUACCAAAGCGCCCAUGUUCGCCACUCUGACCGAGCUCCUCGUCGAUUUCUUGCUUCGUCUGGCUAGAAACGCCGACACGCCCAUCAGCAUCCUGGAAGUUGGAGCGGGCACAGGAGGCACUACAAAGCGGGUCAUCGAAGCACUAAGCAAUCUCAACCACCCUAUUGAGUAUUUCUUCACAGACAUUUCCCCAACGUUUGUCCGAAACGCGUCCAAAAAGUUCAAUCGCCCCGGCAUGCAAUUCAGAGUACUCAAUCUAGAGACUCCACCUCCCGCGGAUUUGCUUGCCAAAUUCGACAUCGUGAUUAGUACGAACUGCGUUCACGCUACAAUAAACAGGGCCGAUACCUGUCGUCGCAUCAAAGAAAUGCUAAAAUCCAACGGUGUUUUGGUGCUUUCAGAAAUAACCACCAAAAUUGACUGGCAUGAGGUUGUUUUUGGACUGCUGGAUGGCUGGUGGCUGGCGAAUGAUGCCGAUCACGCCAUUCAACCACCAGAAGUAUGGAUGAAGUUUAUGCGUCAAGCUGGAUUUCCUAGUGCCAGUUACUCGCAAAGUACAUUACCUGAAUGUAACCUUCAGAGACUGCUCGUGGCUUCUGUAGAACGGUAUCCGGAGCCGGCCCGUUAG